AUGGUGGAAAAAACUUUAGAGACACCUAACGGUGAUUUCGAUCAAACUCGACAGUCCCGCCCUCGUACUUAUGGUAAAAAAUUAAAUACCCUUCAAAAAACCAGUAACUCAAAGGAGUUUUCCGAAUCCUCAUCCUCAUCCUCAAAUGUUCCAACUCAUGAAUUUACACAGAAAGAAAGUUCGCGUGAUAUAAUGUCAUUUCUUUCAUCUACUCAGGCUUUGGUCAAUUAUUCAAAGGAAGUUUCUUUAGAUUCUGAACCCGAUGAAUCCGAUGAACUCGAUAAUACUACUAAAAAAAACUUGGAAGCACAUUCCUCAGAUACUGAAAACACAAAAACUAAUUUGAACGACGAGGAGCUUCUUAAUAAAAUUAGAUCUUUGAAGCAAACAAAUACGCAUGCAAAAGUUUCUAAUUUAAUCGCCAAAUCAUCCAUUACUUCAGACGAACAAUCUUCCAUCCAAACACAUGAUACCAACUCUGAUCUUAAUAAAUUACCAGUUGGUGUAAUUGACACUAUUGAAAAAAUGCAUACUGAUACUGAUCAAAACGUCAAUCAAAAGGAUACGAGCAGUGACGAUAUAAAUAACCAUUUAUUUAAUGAAGAUAAUGAACAACCGGCAACAUCAGAUAUUGAAACUGAACAAAACUUAGUCACUAAUAGGAAAAGUGAUUUUGUUGAUACUGAAAAUAAUGUUUCCGUUUCUAUUGAAAGUGCUUCCAAAAAUAUAUCGAAUAUUGAAGAGAUAAUUUAUACAGCGUCUGAUGAUGAGAAUUUUCUUAAAAGACGCGUUAAAAAGCCUUCUAAAAAGGAGACUGAAGAAACUUAUCGCAAUACUGCACGUAUUAAACGUGACCGAAAUCUUGGGCCUGCUCCUACAAAUAAAAAAGCUCCUCUUGAUGGGUUUUUAAAACUGUUUAGAGAAAAAAAAACUUUCCCUAUCUUUGACGCAAAACUUGAGAGAGUUUCUGAAAAAAAAUCUUUGAAAGAAGUCAGUGAAGAAGAAAGUGUAUUUUCUGAUCAAAUAUUAAGCCCGGAACCAGUUCAUUCUUCGAUACCUUCAUCACCUAUUACAAAAGAUGCAGAUGAUUUUUCUUCUAGGAGGUCUAAAGAACUGGAAACUGAUACUAAUCUUAAAGCCUCAAAGAAAUUUCAAUUAAAAAGUAUUAAAUCUUAUACGAAAGAUGUUGAUAUUGAUAUUGAUAUUGAUUUUGAUUUUGAGAUAACGAAACCCAUAAGGCCUUCUUUAAUUUCAAAUUCAAAUGGGGGUUUAAAUAAAAAAUCAUCUCAAUCUCAACUUAUUAAAAAACAAUUAUCUUCAAACUCUAUUCAAAAUAGACUUGCUAAGUUUGGAAUAAAAUCGAAAUUAUCAAACUCCUCGAAUACCAAAGAUAUUAAUAACACAGAUACACCUAAAGCUAUUAUUUUUCAUCAGCGCAGCCAAAUUCGAAAAGAACGGGAAAGUAAAUUUGAGAAAAUGAAAACUAUUAUGCAGCAUCCCGCAACAGCCAAUGACAAAAACUUAAGAAAAGAAGUUGAUGAUGAAAUAGAACGAGAAAUCCUUUUACAAAAGGCCAGAAAAAGUGCAAUGCUCAUUCGGAAAAGAGAAAAAGAGCUUGAAGAAAGUAAUAGAUCUAAGGAACUUUCAUUAAACAAUGAAUGUGAUGAAGAAGGUGAAAUUGCCCAUGUUUUUAGCAGUGAAGAGGAACAGGAAGAAUCAAAUUAUGAAUUUAUAGAUCACUCCACAGAUACCGAAGAGGAAGAAGAAAACCUUGAAGAAGAUGAAAGUCAACAUAGUUUCAACAACGAAAACUCUUUAUCACAAGAGGAUAAGGAUGAUGGAGAUUGUGAAGAAAUUAUACUUCCUAAGAAUAGAAAAAGUCGAAAUAUUAUUUUUGAAGAUGAUAAUAAUGACCAAGAAGUUAAUAAAAAAGCUUUGUCAACUCAGAUUAUAUUGUCUAAUACUAUACAAAAUACUGUGGCUGUUACUCAAACCCAACAAAUUUCGCAGUAUUCCGUUCAAAGUGACAAAUCAUCUGAUUUAGCUUUAGAUUUAUCUACCCAGGUCAUUUCUUGUGCUGAAACUCAACAAAUUAUAAAUAAAACAACCGAUACACAGGAUAUUUCUGAAUGUUCAUCCAUUUCACUGGCAACCAUUGGAGCUGAAAAAAAAAGAGAUGAUCAGUUUGAUGUACUUGGAAAAUAUCCUGGCUUCACACCUUCUCAGUCAAAUAAAGCUAUUCUACCAUUUGGGAAGAGCAAAAAAAAUGUUAUUUUGGAUGAAACUGGAGAUUUUCCUGAUCCCACACCUAUAUCUCAAAUCCCUCCAGCAACGCCUCUUUCCCCUCCACGAAAGCUGAAAAGUACAACAUUUUUGGAAAAUUCCAAAAACACUGAUUUGAAUGAAGCUUCUGAAGAUGAGCAUAGUAAAAAGGGGAUUUCGAUUUCUGGCCCAUUUUUACGAAGACUUCGCCAGAAAAAUAAUUUUAAUGAUGAAGAGUUAAUUGAUGUGGAAGAACCAACCCAAGUUACAGAUAACGUUCCGUCUUUGCGUGACUUUAAUCAUAAACACAAGCUGACUGAAAAGAAAUCUUCUUUUGUUAAUGAAAUUCUUGAUGAAGAAGCAGUUGAAUCGGAAGAUGAAUGGGCAGGACUUGGAGGUGCUAGUGAUGAUGAUGAAAGAGUUGCAAAUGAAGAAGAAGAGGAAGCGGAACUCAAAAAAGUGCUAAUUAAUGAUAAUGAUGAAAUGGUUUUGAAAGGUAACGCUGAAAUGGAGGCCAGUAAUUUAGCUUUACUUGCUAAAAAAUUAAGAGCUACCGACGAAGAAGUCACUAAAGAACUUCUCGAAAUGACUACUGGUGAAUGGCGUAAGAAGGGAGGGCGCAAUGGCUUAUUUGAUGAACUCUCUGAUGACGAUUAUGAUGAGUUUUUUGAUGAAGAUAGCCAUCGUCUUUUGUUGUUAAAGCAUAAAAAGGAAAGACAAGAGGCCCUUAAACUCGAAAUUAUGGCUAAUAAAGAUUUGUCAUAUUUAAUAUCUGAGCCCAAGGCCAGUGCGUUUCUUCGUCAAUUAGUUGAAGUUGGUCCUGCUGCUCAUAUUGAUGCUGAAACAAAAGCAAUUUUUGGUGAUGAGGAUUGUGAAAAAUCCAUUGAUGUUGAUGUUUCUAGACCAGAAGAGACUUUAUCAAUUCUAGAAAAUACUGAAAUUAAUGAUGACAACAACUCUUCAUUAAAAAAGAGAACCAAUUCUGAAAUUGAAAUCAAAGAAGAUGAUCAAUGGGCAAUCAUGCAACGAGCUAAUGCACAAAGCCAAAAACGUCGCAAAGUGAAUUUGGAAAACAUUCAUUACCAGCUUUCAUUUUUGAAUAAAUUAAAAGACAAAAACGAUGCAGAUGCAGAUGCAGAUGCAGAUGCAGAUGCAAAUGAUGUUCUUGAACAGGACGGAAGUUCAAAUAUCCAUUUAGAAAAGCCACAUACAUUAUUUGACAACCUCGAUUCUGAUGUGGAGGAUAUAUUAGAAGAUAAUGAUUUCCCAAUAACUGGACUUGAUUUUAAUGACGAAAAAGCAGGUUCAAAAAUGAUUUCUUCCAUUUCGACAUUGACUAGCGUUUCUGAAAUAAAAAAAAAGUCACGGUUAUCAAUAAGUUUGCAACGAAAAUCAGGUCACUGCAACUCAAGAAUAGAAUCUGAUAGUUUACUUUUUGGUUAUUUGGCUUCUCGAAACAACACAAUUUCCAAACUUCGAUCGAAUAAGCCUGGGUCAAUUGUUAAUCGCUCUAGCAUAUUACUCAAUGAUGAAAAUGAAAUUACAGAAGAAUCUCCAAAUAAUUCAAGUUCAACUCAACGGCAAGAAGUUACUGUUACAGUCGGACUGCCAGUGGAAGCAUCGGAAUCAUCAAUGACGGCUUCUAUUAAUUAUCAAAAGAAGGGAAGUGUUACCAAAAUAUCUAAUACUGCUCUUUCAUCCAAGUCACUAGGCCGUCACAAUAAAAAGCCAUUCAAGAAUGCAGUAGUCAAAAAUGGGUCUGCAAUUAAACGAGUUGAUCCCAUAAAAUCAGCAAAAGCUGAAAUUGACCGAAAAAUAUUAAAACGAUUGAAAUCUUCAAAGUUUCCUUCGUUGGAAGGCUCUUGGUCUUGA